AUGGAACAAGUAUCUAAUACUGUUGGAGACAAAAUUGUAAGACAUACAAAUAUUCUGAAGUCGUACGAUACAAUUCAAGCUUUUUUAGAAAAAAUAUCAUUGUGGCAACGCCGUCUUUGUGCGACCAAACCUAAUUUCUCAUCUUUUCCACGGCUUAAUGAACUUCUUGAUGAUACCGAAAAUCACAUAUUAAAUAUUAUCGAGAAUGAGUUUAAGGAAUUGAUUUCAGCACAUCUGGUAUCUUUAAAAGACCAACUAUCAAAGUAUUUUCCUGAUAUUUCUACAGAGAACUGGCAAUUUAAAUUAGUAUUAGAUCCAUUCAAAAUUGAUGUGGACAUACUUCCAGAUUAUCUUCAAGAGCAAACCAUCGACCUUAAGAAUGAUUCACAAGCAAAAGAAGACUUUAAAAAUAAGACUGUUGAAGAUUUUUGGCUGUGUUAUCUCUCUAUUUAUCCGGAAGUUGCCAAUGAAGCUGCGAAGUUAUUGGUUCAGUUUUCUUCCACCUACCUCUGCGAGUCUGGCUUUUCGGCGCUUGCUUAUAUAAAAUAG